AUGCUCCAUAACAAAAAACGGUCAAAGCUGGUUAGUCCGUUUCAAGUGCUAAGAAAUAUUUAUUUCGUUAUUUCCGUCUUUGGUUGUAAGCUAGCUUUGUUAACAAGAUUUUUCUUUCUUUCUUUCUUUCUUUCUUUCUUUCUUUCUUUCUUUCUCUCUCUCUCUUUUUUAACUGCCUUUCUUUCUUUGUCAUAUGCCUUUCUUUCUUUCUUUCUUUCUUUCUUUCUUUCUUUUUUCUUUCUUUCUUUCUUUCUUUCUUUCUUUCUUUCUUCUUUCGUUCUUUCUUUCUUACUUAGUUUUUCUAAUUCCCCCUCUCUCUUUUGCUCAUACCUCUCUUCCCCUCCCCCUCUCUCCCCUAUCUCUCUCCUCUCUUUCUCCCUCUCUCUCCCUCCCCUUUCUCUCCUCUCCCCCUCUCUCUCUCUCUCCUCUCUAUCCCCCUCUCCCCUAUCUCCCUCCCCCCCUCUCUCCUCCCCCCUCUCUCCCUCCCCUCUCUCCCCCUCUCUCCCCCCCCCUCUCUCCCCCUCUCUUUCUCAACAAAUUCUAUAUAUCAAGGAAAGUCCUCCAACCCAUCGGCUAUUCUCUCCAACGCCCUCACUCCUCCUCCCACCCACCGCUCUUUCACCGUUCGCUAAUGGAGUUUCCGUUCUGGCAGAGAAUGAUCGACUGUUGCUCCCCUUUGGCAAAUCAUUUCCCUUGCUCCUCUCCCGCCAGCCAGCCGCAGACCCUCGAUUAUCGUUGUCUAACUCUCUCUCUCUCUUUAUCUCUCUCUCUCUUUCUCUCUCUCUCUCUCUCUCUCUCUCAAUUCCCCCCCCGCCACUAUCUCUCUCUUCCACUCUCCUUAAUUCUCUCUCUCUCUCUCCCAUUCUCUCUCUCUCUCUCUCUCUCUCUCUCUCUCUCUCUCUCUCUCUCUCUGUCGAAGCUCUUCUUUUGCCCUCUGUUGUUUUUAAAUUCUUACUCUUCUUUUUCUUCGUCUUCCCCUGUCGCUGGUUACUGAUUAUCAUCAAUUCAUUCAUCAUUUUCUUUCUUUUCUUUUCUCUUUUUUUCUUUUCUUUUUUCUUUUCUAAUCUUUCUCUUUUCUUUUUCUUUUCUUUUCUCCUUUCUCUUUUUCUUUUGUAUUCUCUUUCUUUCACUUCUCUCUUCUUUUCAAGGAAGAUAGAAUGGUGUUCUUUUAUUUUUAUUUUCUCCUUUCUCUUGUUUUCUCUGUCUUUCACUUCUCCAUUCUAUUCGUUUGUCCUUUUCUUUUCUUCUCUUUUUUUAUUUUCUUUUCUUUUCUCCUUUCUUUUGAUUUCUUUUCUCUUUCUUUCUAUUGUCUUUCUGUGUCUUUUAACUCUCUUCUUUUUUCUUUUCGCCUUUCUCAUUCCUUCAUUUUUUUUUCUGUUAAUUUCUCUUUUCUUCUUUCUUUAUUCUUUUUUCUCUUUCUUUCACUUCUCUCUUCUUUUCGUUUCUCUUUUCCUUUUCUCAUCCUUUCUUUUCUUUUCUCUUUCUUUCUUUUCCAUUUCUUUCUUUUCUUUCUUUUUUCUCUCUUCUUUUCGUUUCGCUUUUCCUUUUCUCGUCCUUUUUUUUCUCUUUUCUUUUCUCUUUCUUUCUUUUCUCUCUUCUUUUCUGUCUUCUUUUUGUUUCUCUUUUCCUUUUCUCUUCCUUUCUUUUCUCUUUUCUUUUCUUUUCUCUUUCUCUCAUUUCUCUCUUCUUUUCUCUCUUCUUUUUGUUUCUCUUUUCAUUUUCUCUUUUUUCUUUUCUCUUUCUUUUUUCUUUUCUCUUUCUUUCUUCUUUUCUCUCUUCUUUUCGUUUCUCUUUUCUUUUCUGUUUUCUCUUUUCUUUUCUUUUCUUUUCUUUUCUCUUUUCUUUUCUUUUCUCUCUUCUUUUCGUUUCUCUCGCUUUCUAUUGUCUUUCCGUGUCUUCUCUCUCUCUUCUUUUUUCUUUUCGCCUUUCUCAUUGUUCAUUUCUUUUUUUUCUGUUAAUUUCUCUUUUCUUCUUUCUUUAUUCUUUUUUUCUCUUUAUUUCACUUCUCUCUUCUUUUCGUUUCUCUUUUACUUUUCUCAUCUUUUUUUUUUUUUCUUUUCUCUUUUCUUUUCUUUUCUUUUUUUUUUUUCUCUUUCUUUCUUUUCUCUUAUCUUUUCUGUCUUCUUUUUGUUUCUCUUUUCCUUUUCUCUUCCUUUCUUUUCUCUCUUCUUUUCGUUUCUCUUUUCUUUUCUGUUUUCUCUUUUCUUUUCUUUUCUCUUUUCUUUUCUUUUCUCUCUUCUUUUCGUUUCUCUCUCUUUCUAUUGUCUUUCCGUGUCUUCUCUCUCUCUCUUCUUUUUUCUUUUCGCCUUUCUCAUUGUUCAUUUCUUUUUUUUUCUGUUAAUUUCUCUUUUCUUCUUUCUUUAUUCUUUUUUUCUCUUUAUUUCACUUCUCUCUUCUUUUCGUUUCUCUUUUCCUUUCCUCAUCCUUUCUUUUCUUUUCUCUUUCUUUCUUUUCUCUUUCUUUCUUUUCUCUCUUCUUUUCUCUCUUCUUUUCGUUUCUCUUUUCCUUUUCUCAUCCUUUCUUUUCUCUUUUCUUUUCUCUUCUCUUUCUUUCUUUUCUUUCUUCUUUACUCUCCUCUUUUCGUUUCUCUUUUCCUUUUCUCAUCCUUUUUUCUCUUUUCUUUUCUUUUCUCUUUCUUUUUUUCUUUCUUCUUUUCGUUUCUCUUUUUCUUUUCUCUUUUUCCCUUUCUAUACCUGUUUUCUUUCUUUCUUUAUUCAUCAGUCUUUUUUCUUUCAUUUUAUACCUUUAUUAUCUUUAAUUCUCACCUCUCUCUCUCUCUCUCUCUCUUUCUCCCUCUCUCCCUCUCUCUCUCUAUCUCUCUCUCUCUCUCCCUCUCUCUGUCCUCUAUUCAUCCUUGUGUUUUCUCCUCCUUUUUUUUCAUCACUCUAUUUUCACUUCGCAUCCCUUCAAACUAUACGUCUCUCUUUUCAGCUGCAGUUUCCAUCUCGUGCCUUUCAGUCUCCGGGGCAAUACACUUACCAAUUUCCCCUGCUGAUUUUCAUCGCCAUCACCUACGCGUUUUUGUCCUCAACCAUUGGUCUUGUGAAUUUCAGUCACGCGAAUAUUCCUGUCGCGUUGUCGGCUGUUUUUCGACGCCUGGAAUUGACUUGUAUAAACAUGGAACCUUGA